UAUUAUUCGUCGAUGCUACUUUAUUUCUCGCACGCAACAACAAAAAAAAAACGUUUUCUGCUAGAUUGGCAGCAGUCGCGGAGUCUCGAGUCUCGAGCCGCGCGAACGAACCUAACCUGCGCCUUAACUAUGAAAACUCGAUUGAUAAGGCCCGCAGAGCUGAGAACGUUCUGAAUUUAACUUCUGCGUCGGCGGCCGUCUAUAUUCCCCAGCUGAUGUAGACAUUUUAUACACACAUAUUAUAUAUGUAUAUAUAGUUAUAUCAGAUAGGCGCAGAAAUGGCAGGAGUAUAUAUAGUAUCGGAGAGAGAGAAAGCGUGUAGUGUAUAGUGCGCUUUAGUGUAGAAAAUUCGGAGAGACAGCAAAGCAGCAGCAGCCGCCACAGACCACGACGGCAUACGAGAGAGAGAGGAGGAGCUGCGCUGCUGCUUUGCUGACUGAUUACAUUAUAUAGUGUACAACACAUUGCAGAAGCAGACAAAGGCUUUGAGUCGUCGUCGUCGUCGUGCAUAGCAUAUAUCGUCGUUAUACGCACACACGCACGCACACAAACGUAGUUGUAACUUUUUUUUUUAUCGUCAUCUACACCCAUUGAUGAAGCGCAGCCAGCUCGUCCGUUGCGUGCAGUAUUAUUUCGCUUUAAUGAUGUCCAUCAGCAGAAUCUCGAGGCUGGCUUUCGAAGUCGCGAGCUACGAAGCUCGAAUCACAUACAGAUGUUCCUAUGCAGUCAUUGCUUCGUCCAGGAAAAUUGUCUCCAACAUAUUCAGGCAGGGUGUUAGAAAUCAGUCGACUCUGUCAAACUCCACGGCUCAGAUACAGACUCAGCAGAAGUCUUGGAAGUCGUAUGUCAGGGAAUGGAGAUGGAAGAUACCUUUUGGUAUCGGCUUCUCGUUCUUAGCAGUAUUACAGUGGAGAUAUUUUAGGAAAAGACAGGAGGACGCGACUACCAAAGGACCCAUCGAAGGACUCAUGGUUGAGUGUUACUGCUCCUUACCCUUAAGAAUCACAAGCAGAGUCUGGGGUGGUUUUGCCAGUUUACAAUUACCAGUAUCACUGAGAUCAGUUGUAUAUAGUUGUUAUGCCAAAAUGUUCAAAGCCAAUUUAGAUGAAAUCGAUGCUUCAUUGACUGAAUUCCCAAGUCUUUCCGAUUUUUUUGUGAGACCACUUAAGCCAGACGCAAGAAUUAUUGCAGAUCAUACAAAUAUGGUUGCUCCUUCAGACGGUAAAGUACUACACUUUGGUCCAAUCACCUCGUGCAAAGUUGAACAAGUCAAAGGUAUGACUUACAAUUUGCAACAUUUUCUGGGCGAGCCAAAUUGGCCCCACAUUGACAAGGAAGACAGCAUAGCUAAAAAACCUGUGAGUGACAACUACGUGACGAGCUUGUUGAAGAAUCCUGAAAAUCUUCUUUACCAAUUGACUAUUUAUUUGGCUCCCGGAGACUAUCACAGAUUCCACAGUCCCGCCGACUGGACGAUCAAUUUACGCCGACAUUUUCAAGGAAAAUUGCUCAGCGUCAAUCCGAAAAUUGCCAGCUGGCUGCCCGAUCUCUUCGCCAUGAACGAGCGCGUGGUCUAUAUCGGCGAGUGGGCCGGCGGCUUCAUGGCUUACACAGCCGUUGGCGCGACCAACGUCGGCUCCAUUCACGUCUACAAGGACAGCGAACUGGUGACCAACAAGCGCAAGUGGUUCAACAACGCCAAGCACUCCGAGGACGCGAGAUUCGAGGGCGGCAUGCGCGUCCAGAAGGGCGAGCUCUUCGGCGAGUUUCGCAUGGGCUCGACCAUCGUGCUGAUUUUCGAGGCGCCGCGCGACUUCGAGUUCACCACGGAGGUCGGCCAGAAGAUCCUCAUGGGACAGGCAUUGACGAACGGCAUCGUUGCGAGUUAGUUCGCAAGAGAGAAAAGUAACAGAAACGACAAAGAAAAAAGCAACCUCGCUGUUAAUUGUAUGUACGAAUCUUUGUGAAAGUAAGGCUUGUUAUUGUUUUUGAUUCAAUCGCAAGAAAGAUGGAAGGAAUUAAGCAACGUGCAAUUUUUAUUUACGAAAAAAAGCCUUAUUGUGACUGAAAAUAUAACCGUUAUGUAAUAGUUUGUAAGUGUAAUUAUUUUUCUUUUAAUUUUUGUUCAAUCUCCAUUCGCAAUGAAAUAUUUAUCGGUGCCUCCGCGUGUUUAGGUAUGCGAUGAAUUAAAAAAAAAAAAAACAAAGUAAACGUGAACACUGUGCGCAUCGAGUUUAGUUAGCCAAUUUCUAAUUACACCUAUUCGUUUUUAGAUGUAAUCAAAACUAUGGGUUAGUAAAAUUUCCGAACAAUUUUUAAGUUUAUAAAUGUUUAUGAACGUAUUAAAUUGUAAUCCUAUACAGUGUCUGAGUAAUCUCAAAAAUGAUAUAAGAAAAACUCUAAUGUCGUUUGUGUAAGAAAAUUUACCGAAGUAUUUUAUACGAGCCUUACAUAUAUAGCAUUAAAGUAACGAAACGAAGAAAGUGAUCUUUUACGUAAUCAUCUGUACUAAAAAAACAUUAAUUUCAAUUUAUUCCCAUUAACGAUAUGACGAUGCUCGCGUCUCCGAGAACGAGAGCGUCUCACGAUAACACGACAACGUUACACUGUAAUAAUAACUAAUGAUAGCUAAUGUCUGUAUAAAUGAUUAUAAUCCAUCGAAAAGUCUGCAGUAUUUUUAUGCAUAUUUUUUCUAUACCGAUGAAGGUGAUCUAGCUUUAUAUAAGUACAAGUUGAAUGAAUGACAUUUUUAGGAACAAUUUACAAUUAAAUAUUUAUAUUUAUCAUAUUGCACAUGUUAUUGUUGAGAUGAAGUUUUGAUGAAAAUAAAGAAUUUAUCGACGUAAA